ACCACCAUGUCCAAAUCCCACGACGAUUACACUAUAGGAUGGGUCUGCGCGCUGCCAAAAGAGCAGACAGCAGCGACAGCUAUGCUGGAUAACCGACACCCCGCUGUUCAGAAGCCCCCGAACGAUCCCAACAAUUACACUCUGGGGUCCAUAGGCAAGCACAAUGUUGUGAUUGCUUGUCUACCCAAAGGGCAGUUCGGUACCAACUCCGCGGCGACUGUUGCUACUUGGAUGAUCUCUACCUUUCCACGCAUUAAGUUUGGCUUGAUGGUCGGUAUCGGCGGCGGCGUUCCGCCUAAAGUCAGACUUGGUGAUGUAGUGAUUAGCACACCUGUGGGACAGUUUCCUGGUGUGGUCCAAUGGGAUAUGGGGAAGGCCAGAGAAAAUGGCAGCUUCGAGCGCACCGGAUCGCUAAACAAUCCUCCCACCUCACUUCUUACGGCCUUGUCAAAACUGGAGACAGAACAUGAGUUGGUUGGGACCAAAAUACCUGAAUACCUUGAGGCAUUGCGGACGAACUGGCCGAAGCUGGUACCAAAGUAUUUGCGGUCAGAUUCACUCGAGGAUGUAUUGUUCAAGGCAGACUACGGUCAUGUCAAUGAAAGUACUCCAGAUGACGAGGACGAGGGCGACGAGGAAGAAAAUUGUAGAUUCUGCGACAAGACUAAGAUUGUCAAAAGGAAGCCUAGAGAUGCGCGCGUGCACUACGGCCUGAUCGCGUCCGGCAACCAGGUCAUCAAGGAUGCUGCUUUCAGGAAUAAGCUGAAUAAGGACCUUGGCGGCCAUGUUCUCUGUGUCGAGAUGGAAGCGGCGGGACUGAUGAACAAUUUUCCUUGUGUCGUCAUCCGAGGGAUCUGUGACUAUGCCGAUUCGCACAAGAAUAAGGAUUGGCAGGAACACUCAGCGGCUAUGGCAGCAGCCUUGGCGAAGGAGCUUUUGCAAUUUGUGCAGCCAGAUGAUGUUGAAAGAGAUCCUUCGACAUUGUUCUGUCCAGGGAUGCCUGGAGCUGGGAAGACUAUUCUCACAGCCAUUGUGAUUAGUAACCUUACCUCACGAUUCGCACAUGAUCCGUCAGUUGGAAUUGCCUACAUAUAUUUUAACUUCUGGCAACAAGAGGAGCAUAAGGUCGAAGACUUGUUUGCAAGUCUGUUAAAGCAACUAACUCGAGGGCAGUCUUCCCUACCAGCAAGUGUGAAAGACCUUUACGAUCAACACAAGGGAAAAGGGACGCGUCCCUCGUUGGAUAAGAUUUCAAAGGUCCUCCAGUCCGUGAUUAGAGUAUGCUACUCAAAAGUAUUCAUCAUUAUAGAUGCUCUCGACGAAUGCCAGGCAUCCGACAACUGCCAAACGGAAUUCAUAAAAGGGCUCUUUGACUUUCAAAGAUGCGGAGCAAGUAUCUUUGCGACGUCAAGGUCUAUCCCGGACGUCACAGACAAGUUCGACGGGAGCACUCGGCUGGAGAUCCGUGCUAGCGAUGACGAUAUACGCAGAUACGUAGACGGUCAGAUUUCACAGGGGGGAUCGGCUACUUUGCGCGAUAUGCAAGCAGAAGCCUCGACAGAAAUUACGAGAGCUGCGGAUGGGAUGUUUCUUUUAGCAAAGCUGGAUCUAGAUUCACUCCUUGACACAAAGUUACGCCGGGAUAUCAGAUCAAAGUUGAACAAUCUUCCCAAGGGCUCGAAAGCGUACAGCCAUGCGUACGAAGGGAUUAUGAAAAGGAUACACCACCAAGGCCCGGAAUCCGUCAAAUUUGCCAAAGCUGUGCUAUCAUGGAUCACUUGCGCUAAGCGAGCAUUGACUAUAUCGGAGCUCCAGCACGCCCUUGCCGUUGAAAUCGGUGAGUCUAGACUCAACGAAGAGGAUCUUCCACAAGCCCAAGACCUGGUAUCUAUUUGCGCUGGGUUAGUCACAAUCGAUGAAGCCGGCGGUAUUAUCCGGCUGUUCCAUUAUACAGCGCAGGAAUACUUUCAGCAGAAGCAAGCACAAUGGUUUCCAGAUGCCAAUGACGAUAUUACAAGGAUUUGUAUGACCUAUCUCUCAUUCGACGUCUUUGAGGCUGGGUUUUGUCCAACGGAUGAAGCGUUUGAAGAACGGCUGCGGUCAUACCAGCUCUACGAUUAUGCUGCCCAUGAAUGGGGUCAUCAUGUCCGCGAGACAACAACCCUCGAUCCACUAGUCUUAGAUUUUCUACAGUACCAAGCAAAGGUCGAAGCAUCGAGCCAAGCAUUGUUUGCCGUCAAAGAGUUGGGAAAGCCCCACUACAGCCAAAACGUUCCGAAGCAGAUUAUGGGACUCCAUUUAGCGGCAUACUUCGGGAUCGAGAAAGCCGUGCAGGUCCCGCUCAACUUACAUGGCUGGGACCCAGAGGAUAGUUACAAUCGGACGCCUCUGUCGUGGGCCUCUGAGAACGGGCAUGAGGCGAUCGUGCGGCUGCUGCUUGACAAAGGCGCAAACCCCAAGGCGGCAGAUCAUUUGGGGCUGACGCCGCUUUCGUGGGCCAUCCAGGGCGGGCACGAGGCCAUUGUGCGACUACUCAAUACGAACAGCCAAGAACUACCAUCACUACCAGCAGCAGGCAGUUCAGCUAGCAAUAAUUCGCAUCCAGCUGAUGCGGAUAGAGAGUUGCAGAAAUUUAACCUAAUGUUGAAGUCUGUACAAAUGAUUAGGAGAAACGAGCAAAAUGAUAAGGAACAACAAUUAUUAUCCCAGAAAACGGAAAGUAUCAACCUUCAAUUACGGCAAAAUAAAGAACAGCAGAAAAGGGUCGAAGAGGAGUUAAGAAAACUCAAAAUGAGAAAGAAUUUUCUAGUUAAAGAGAAACAAGAACAAUUAUCCAAGCAGUGGAUAUAUACACAGACCCGGUUAGACGAACUCCGGCAGAUUGAUGGAUAUGAACAUGAAUACGGAUUAGAGAAAAUAAGGGACUCGAUGCUAUUUCGAUGGGCUGUCGAAGAUGGUCAUGCUGAAAUAGUUGAAUUACUUCUUGAAGGAGGCACCAAUGCAACGGUCGCGAACGAGGGUGGAUGGAUGCCAUUGCAUGCAGCUGCAAGUAAGGGACAUGUCGAUGUAGUUCGGCUACUGCUCGAUAUGGGCAAGGUGGAUGUUGACUCAAAAAAUGGCGACGGCUGUACUGCGCUUCGACUGGCUUCCGAGAGAGAGCAUGAGGAUAUCGUGCAACUACUGCUUAAGAGAGGUGCC